AUGUCUGCAUGGAUCAUUUAUCUUUCCAUAACUUCCCUCUGCGGUCCCUUCCACGUGUUGGCCUUACAUGGAAAAGGCCGCGGUCCUCCUACACCUCAAAGGAGUUUAUUGGAAUCACUCCUGCAAUGGUCGACUCCAGACGACAACCAGGGUGUUUUAGGAGAAUAUACAGAGCCCGAGUAUGUCCAGGAGAGUUCUGAGUUGCCCGGAGACGUGAGGACCGAAGGAUCUUCCCUGCAGCACACCUUAGCAUAUGAGGGUAAUGGAAGUACAACCAUACAGAGAGAGGAACAACCUACCUCUGCUGUAAAGUGGGACGAGCCGGCUAGCAGCACAGGUGUGGAUUUACUCAAGUCUAUUGGGACUCCAGCUCCUUCGCCUACCAAAAGCUGGGAAUGGACGUCUCUUGCAACCAAACGGGUCAAUAGUCUGGAGAGUGGUGUGACUGAUGUGAGGAAUGAUGAUACGUCCAGAGGCUUCCAGAAUACCACCACAGCACCAUGCCUAUUAUCCAAUGACACAGACGACUAUUCACCACAACCAUCCAACCACCAACACCUCUCUCUGCCCCUCAGCCUUAGUCUCUUCAUCCCCUUGUACUCUGAUUGGAACUCUGCCCUGGCCACGUGGGGUCUCGCCUGGGAAGCCCACGUCUACGGCUUAGUAUCUAUCUUUGCGUCCCAGGACAGUAAGCGCUCCAUUAAGCUGGCCGGGACUAAACAGAUGAGCGAAAGUAAGCAGUUGGAAUGGGACAUGGCUGUGCAGGCAGAGUUUGUUAACGUGUGCCGGCAGAUUGAUGCUCUGAGCGUGUGCAGUGACACUAUUGACUUGUAG